UUUGCGAAGAAGAGGUACGUCGGCGCGGCUAUCAAAUUGGACACCGCAUUCGAACUCAGCGUCGCGUCGCGUCGUGUGCUCGAUUCGGUGGGAAAACGGUUUUCAUUUUUCGUAGCGCGAAUUACUCGUAAUUGCACGUAGCCUACCCGUUUGAGCAUUCUCGAGAAAUUAUUGGCCGAGACUACGCUCGAGUCGUGUACCUACGGUGUAGGUAUAUAGGUAUAGGUAUCGGUAAGUAUUUCUCGCUUAGCUGGCCUCGGUUUUCUUCGAUUUAGCAUACUUAAACGUAUACGCUGGCGGCGCGGCGCGGUACGCUAUCGUGAUAGAAGCAGUGUUACCCAUAGAUAGGUGAUCGAGUGCCUUCGCUUAUACGAGUUACGAGCAUCAUUUUAUACCUACGAGUAACGAGUAACGAGUAACGGGUAACGAGUACGUGAGUGGUGUGCGAAAGCCAAGACGGGUCGAGAAGCGACGCUUGCGUAUUACGCACCAGCACUACGCUGUAAGUACGAGUACGCGUACGAGUACGAGAACGAGAAAGAAAUAGGGCAGGUGCGAAUUGCGAAAUCUUAAGGAUAAAAUGAAAGCGUUAAAGUGACAACGGUGGACGGCGCGACGCGACGCGACUUUGGUGUCGCAGGUUUUGGCACUCGUCGUAGGUCUCGCCUCUCGGGCUCAAUUUGGUCGCGUGCUCGACGUAAUUAUUACGCUUACGCUUUCGAUCUCGCACGGUAAGUGGCCUAGUGAUAAGUUCGUAAUAUACUCGUACAUUUAACACCAUGAUGCGAUAGUACGAUACUCGUAGAAAGGCAAUGCGCUGCGGUACACUUACACUAGGUAUGUACCUACUCGUCUAUAGGUGUCGGUUUUUUAGGUACACUUCACCUGCACCUUCACCUCCACCACCACCUCCACCUCCACCUAUGAGAACAGAUUACAACGAUGCCACACUAGACCUAUAUACCUGUAUUGGUGAAGAAGCUGGUUAGACCGCAGGUUAUGAAGACGACGACGACGACGACGACGGCCGCCGCCGCCACAUCGAUAGUCGCGAAAUACUCGUACAAGUACCUAUGACGGCGAAAGCUACAAAUCAGGAGGGUUGAUCGUGAGUCGCAAAUCGCUCAUCGCACAUCGGAUAACUACCAUGGCAUUGGCUGAUGAUAGCUCGCCGAAUACCAAGAUUACGAUAGCGGUUGCAGUCGCGACUACCUUUAUAAUAUGCGUACACGCCAACGCCAACGCCAGCCAGCCUGGUACGAGCACGUCGAGGGCGGCGGCGGCAGCGGCGACGAGUGGCUGUCCUACUCCUUCUCUUACGCUUAACGGCCAUCCAGUUGUGGCGAGACGCAAUUCCAGCCCGGAUUACAGCACACUCGGCGAAAUCAAAUUUACCGCUCGAAUGUCAUCGCCGUUCGUAGGCGCCAAAUUGCAGCAUCGUGUAUGCAAAAUAAAGUGCGUCGCCGGAGAAUGGGUUGGCCCGCUUUGCAAAAUAGAGCAAAAUAACGAAGACGAUGGACGUUUUCAUCCGAUACUGCGUAGCUGCAAACUGCAUUUGGACGGCACAAAUCUCGCGCUCAUAUAUGACGGAGCUUUACUGCAACGAUGGAACGGCCAUGUACCGGACAGAAGCAAAGUUACGAUACGUUGUGACGGAGCUCCCGGUCUUUACAAAUUGCACGGAACAUCGAAUCUGCAAUGUUUAGACGGAGAUUGGGACCGUGAAAUACCACGUUGCCUUCCCACCACCUCCAUCUCCGCAUAUUCACAACAUUCGCCCCCGACUAUUCGCGUGAAAUUAGCUUUCGGCGAUUCGGCGAUCGAUUACCGAAAUAAUCACGUAGUCAUUUAUCCCGGCUCCAUUGUCCAUCUCGAAUGUCUAUUUCGAAGACGCUACGGAGACGACGUUCGGUGGUCCAGGACGACUUCGACGACGAUCGCACAGACCAAGACUAUGCAGCAGCAGCAGCAGCAGCAGCAACGGGAUCAUUUGACCGGUUGGUCGAUUGCGGCUGACGAAAGAGAAUGGAUUUAUCGAAUGUCGCUGUACUACGUGAAAAGCGAACACGAUUCUGGAAAUUACACCUGCAUUACACCCACUAACCAGAAUAAUACUGUCACUCUACGAGUUGAAGCGAUACAGUGCGAAAAAAGAAGCGCAGAUGAAAACAGACGCAACAUUACGAUUUCGAACUGGAAAGCGCGAGGAAAUCACGUUGGGCAAACGGUGGAAUACGCUUGCGCGCACGGAUUCACGCUGGUCGGUUCGAAUCGUUCGACGUGUUUAGCCGACGGUAAAUGGUCUUCGAAUGUUCCAUUUUGCGAACCGAUAGUAUGCGCUUCAGGGUCCAUCGCAGACGUGCAUUUGAUCGCCUCCGGAACCAACAACACCUACGGAUCGAGCAUCGGUUUUCGAUGCGCUUGGGGCUACGCUCUGAAAGGAGCCAACGAAAUUCGUUGCAAAAUCGACGGCCAAUGGUCUUCGCCCGUUCCGAAAUGCGUCGACAUUUUGUGCGCGCCUCCUUCGAUACCGGCCAACGGAUAUCUAUUGGAAAAAAGCGACGACGCGAACGCAAAUUAUCGAGUCGGCACCGUAAUACAAUUCGCGUGCGAAAAACCGUAUCGUAUAACCGGAGAAGAAUCUAUCAUUUGCGAAGAAAAUGGCGUGUGGUCCAGCGCGUCGCCCGACUGUAGAAUGGUGUGCGAGCAUCCGGGUGAGCCGGCCAACGGGCGCCUAGCACCGUCAAAAUUUUGGUACGAAACCGGAGAUGGUGUGAGAGUUAUCUGCGACGCCGGAUACGCCGUGAUCGAGUCCGAGGCGCUGCGCCGCCUAUCUUGCACCGCACACGGUACAUGGUCGACGGAGAUUCCGCGUUGCGUCAAUUCUACUCGAAUUAUCGAAACAACCGACCCGACGAACGGAUCGCUCACGCUCACGCCCACGCCUGCGAAUCCAAGUACGAGUAGAGGUGAGCGAUGACCGGCGCGGCGCGGCGCGGCGCGGCGAUCGGCCAAAGUAUCGCCAAAUUACUCGUACGUAAUUCUCCUCAACUGUCCCGACCCGAGCUCGCUGAAAGGGCUCAAAUUCUUGAGAAACGAACGAAUUCAUUUCGGAUACACGUACGUGUAGGUACCAUACUCGGAGCCGGCGCGGCGCGGCGCGGCGUUCCAACUUUUCAAGCAUUAGUUAAUUUCUUAAACCAUCGUAAUUUAGGUAGGUAUGUAGGUACCGGUAGUAUGUAGUAGAUUGCGCGUAAUUUGUUAAAGCAGCGCAGCGCAACGAGAAAAAACCAUAAACGAAUCCUACGUAGGCUUACCUACCUUUUUGUUCCUCCUAAAUACAAAUACGUAGGUACAUCAAUGUUUACCUGUUAGGUACGAGUAAUCGUAGAAUAAAAACGAUACAAUAGUCGAA